CAUGUGUUAGUAGCGUAAAGAAACCGGCUAACGAGGGAAGUGCAAUACGUAGACUGGCUUUCGUUGGUCAGUCUUAAUUCAGCCUUUGAUCGAACCAUAUCGAGAAUCGGGAAUUCAUGCAAAGUGUUGUCUUUGUUUUUGUACACUUCAAUAGUUUCGCUCAAUAUUUCAAACGAUUCUGUUGACGAAACAUCAUCUUUACAUUACGUUACGUUUUUACAGUUGAACGAAAAAAUUACAACGUGAUAGUAUCGGAGAAAUUAAUAAAUAUUGUUUAACAAUAUUAAUUUAAUAAUAUUAUCAAAUUAAACUUGUUGGUUGUUAGUUGAGAUAUAUUUUAUCGUAUCACUCAAUUUUAGUGGAAAGAAAACACCAACUUUUAUUAAUAUAUAAAUUUCUCAGGCUUUUCAUUAAGAAAUCAUGCCAAGUAGUAAAACGAGAAUCGCUGUUGUGGGUGCUGGAGUGGCUGGUUUGGUAGUAGCCCGCCAUGUGGCAGCAAAAUUAGAUACUUAUAGUCUUAUCGUAUUUGAGCAAACCGAUCAUAUCGGUGGUACAUGGGUGUAUACCGAUGAAACAAAUCUCGACAAACACGGACUUUUGAUACACAGCAGCAUGUACAAGAAUCUCAGAACAAACAUACCGAAGGAAAUAAUGGCGAUACCUGACUUUCCCUUUGAAGAUCCGGAUGGUCCGUCUUUCACUCAUCACAGCGUGAUAAGAGAAUACCUUAUGGCCUACGCGAAACACUUUAAUCUUCAUCCCUAUGUUAAAUUGAACACUCUGGUGAAGCGCAUAGAGCCAGAAACUACGAGGAACGGCCGGACGUUGUGGACGAUCACGUACGAGUCACUGGAGACCAAGGAGGAGACCACGAAGACCUUCGACGCCGUGGUGUUGUGCAACGGUCAUUACACUGUCGGUCGUAUUCCGCAUAUUCCAGGUAUCGAAAGCUUUCGCGGUAGACGCAUUCACAGCCACCAGUACAGGGUGCCGGAGGUCUACGCCGGCAAGAGGGUUUGCAUACUCGGCGCGUCCUGGUCCGGCAUCGAUAUCGCCAUGGAAGUCUCGCAAUACGCCAAUAAAGUAUAUCUGAGUCAUAAUCUACCGGAACAGUUUGACUCGAAGAUGUCGAACAACGUCGAGCAGAGACCCGGCGUCGAGUCUGUCCAGGAAAACAUCUUCACCUUCCUCGACGGCUCCACGGCGGAAGUGGACGAUUUCAUAUUUUGUACCGGCUAUAACUUUACGUAUCCCUUUAUGUCGUCUAAAGUCGAGAUACGUACGAAUGACGACCAUGUGGAGCCCAUCUACAAGCACCUGGUACAUAUGGACUACACGAACUUGUUCUUCAUGGGGUUGCCCGCACUCGUGAUACCAUUUCCGUUGUGCCACGUUCAGGCGCAGUACAUCCUUGCAAUCCUCGAGGACCGCGUCAAACUACCGUCGUCGCAAGAGAUGCGCGAAGAAUACGAAAUUGAGAAGAAGUCUCUGCUGGAUCAAGGCAUUCCGCUAAGGCAUAUCAAUAAGCUCAAGAAUAGGCAGUGGGCUUACUAUGAUGAACUCGCGACUGCCGCGAAUGUGCCGGGUUUCCUGCCUGUAAUCAGGAAAAUCAUGGAUCACGUCUUCGAGAUGCGCGACGUGGACUUCACCACCUACAAAAAUUAUCAAUACCGCAUCAUCGACAGCGAGAACUUCAGCGUGUCCUAUUGUAAACCUUGUUAGGGUCUACGCAGGAAGAGCGGAAAAUGAGCAUAACUUUUGCAUAAUUAUUGCAAAAACAGUGUCGCGCGGAUGGCUGAUGACAAACCCAUUCGCAAUAUCAGCAUAAUUUCGUUUGUACACCGUUAUUCGAUACGAAACUUAUUUUUUCGAUCAAUGGCAGAUUUUAUAACAAUGAGCACCAUUUAAUAAAAAUGUUUGCCAUUGAUCAUAAUGGCUUCACUUUUUCGCGAAGCCAAUUCAUAAUAAUAUCUUGUUAUAGCAAUAAAAAUGUGUGCUAAAAAAGAUAAUUAAAACACGCAUACAAAAAAAUCAAGUUAUCAGCAUUGCCUACAUUCGCCAUAAUACAGCAUGUUAUAUUAUAUAUGUCAUUAAUUUAGUAAUUAAUCGUCAGAACUUUCUAGAUAUUUAUAAUAAAAGAACAUUACUCAUGAGCAUACAAAUACAAGCAGUGUGUAAGAAAGUACAA